AUUUUUUCAUAAAUUUUUUAGUCUUAGGGAAGUCAUUGUGCGAAGUGGUCGUAGUUAGUUGGCACUCAAAACUAGUUGAAACGUAUUUGAAUAUUAGAACAUAAAAAAGUGAAAUAAAAAUAACAUAAUGGGUUGUACAACGGCAAUUAUUAAAUACUUGGUGUUUCUUUUUAACUCCCUGUGUGCGUUACUUGGCAUUGCUGUAAUUGUGGUCAAUUCGCUUGCACUGAAAGAUGCGGCCGAUGAAACACGUCCCAUAUUGAUAUUCUUUAUUGUGCUUGGCUCUGUGAUAUUCCUGAUCUCAUUCUUUGGUUGCUGUGGUGCCAUCAAGGAGAGUGUCUGCCUAUCCUGGACAUAUGCCAUCUCGUUGUUGGUUCUGCUUAUACUAACAUGCAUUUUGGUCUUUGUCUAUGCCAAACGCAUUGAUGGUGAACAAGUGGCCAAAAAUGUUCUUGAUGAUGCAUGGAAUAAGCAAAAGAAUGGCACAGAUGGCAUGUCAUUCUAUCAGACAAACUUCCAUUGUUGUGGCGUGAAUGGCACCAAUGAUUAUACUAAUGCGCAUUUGACUGUACCGACAAGUUGUUAUACCAAUUCCACGACAACUACACCUUACACUGUCGGUUGUUUGACCAAACUGGAAGACUUCUAUGAGCAGGCCCUGAAAUUGGUCAAAGCAUUCGGUUGGAUAUUAGUUGCCAUUGAGGCUGGAACCUUCAUGAGUGGCAGCAUUUUGGCCAUAUCAUUCAACAAUGAACAACGUCGCUCUAGAUAUUAAUUAAACAAUUAGCAUUCUUUGUACUUCCGGUUACAUACAUACGUUUUAUUAAAAUAAUAAAUUUUACAAUGAAAAGUUGCAAAAACUUUCCAUUUUAUAGAUAAACAUUA